AUGCCGAGUAUGGUGCCAGCGAAACGUUGGAGCUUCAGGGAGACCUUGUGGAACGUACCUAGUCCCGUGUCCUCUGCCAUAGUACUCGUGCCUUCCAGCAUUGGACCUUUGGUUGGGUACACUCCAAAGCGCUUCGCCGGCAUCCUGGUCGACAUCGUUAGUGGGAGGCGCCAUCAUAAGGACAGAAGUGUCAGUUGGUAA